ACGACUACGGAUGAUUUACCACGUGUGUUCGACAUGGUCCUUAAUUUUCCUUAUGCGGCCUUCUCUAGCGUCAGUUAUCAAGGAUUCUGUAAAAUGUACUGAAGGAUCAGUGGCGGUCGACAACGAUGAUUGUGCCAGCUAUUUUCAGUGUCUCGAUGAUGAAGCCGUGCACAUGAAUUGUCCCAAUGGAAGUUAUUUUGAGGUAAACAAUGAGGUGUGCAUUGUGGAUGAGUUUAAUGUCUGUCCCACUUCGAGGAAAAAAUGUUUUGAAGGCUACGUUUCGAGGGAUUUGGAAGACUGUGCUGCUUACUUGAAGUGCCUUAAUGGAAAUCUGGUGAAAGAGAAAUGUCCUGAAGGAACCUACUUCAAUGCCAUAUCAAAAAGCUGCAGCUUUGAUCGCGCUGCGUUCUGCACUUCUAAAAGAGAAAUAUGUGCGGAGGGAGAAUUACAAGUGAAUUCCGAGGAUUGUGCUGGAUAUCUGCAGUGUGUAAAUGGAGUCCUUGUGAAGGAGAAGUGCCCCAGUGGCAGUUAUUUCGAAGACGUUUUCAAGCUGUGCCAGGUGGAUGAGAAUGGCGUCUGCUCAUCAGCGAGUCAAUGCAACGAAGGUGAAGUUCAGGCGGAUCCCAACAAUUGCGCCGGUUACCUCAACUGCCAAAAUGGAGAGCUUGCAGCUAAGAUCUGUCCUAGUGGAACUUACUUUGAGCCGACUUAUAAAGUCUGCGUUGUCGAUUUGAAUGGAGUAUGUGUUGAUCCACCAGCAAAAUGCUCUGAAGGACAACUGACACUGGAUCCCAAUAACUGUGCGGGAUACCUUAAAUGCAUAGAUGGAGAACUCGUGAAGGAACCGUGUCCCAGUGGAUCUUACUACGACCCGAAAUUGGAAUCCUGUUUGGUGGACAGUGAAGGUGUUUGUGUCACUAAAAAUAAAAAUGUUGACGAUGAAUAUAAGAAGGAUAAAGCACAAAAUGAGUUAACCGGGAGUAAUGUUUCCUAUUCGCAAAGUACCGACUCAGAAGCCGAUUACCCCAGUAAUGUGUAUACGGAAAGUACUGUAACCGAUUCGCAAACUACUGAUUCUGCUCAACAAAAGAUAAUUUUCACCAAAAAUUAUAAUGAUAAAUAUUACAAGGAAAAAAUACAAAAUAGUGUUAUUAGGAGUAGUGUAACCUUUAUCCAGAGUAGCAAUUCAGAUGAGGAUAUUUCUAGUAGUGUAAAUACGGAAAGUACUGUAGCUGAUACGCAAACUACUGAUUCUGCUCAUGAAAAGGUUACUGAAAUCCAAAGUUUGUUGAGUACUGUUUCUUAUCCUCAAAGCACCGAUUCAGACGAGGUUUAUUCCAGUGAUUUAUAUACGGAAAGUACUGUAGCCGAUUUGCAACCAACAGAUUCUGCUCUGGAAAUUCCUAAAUCCAAUGAGAAGUUUGAAGAGGAAUAUUUUAAAGAUGAGGUGCUAGAUUUAAAUACAGAGAGUGCGGUCCCUGAUAUUCAAACAACUGAUUCUGCUGUAGAGCUUACAUCCUAUGACCCAGUUGCACAGUGUAUAGAAGGAGAGUUGAGAUUAAAUGCCGAUAACUGUGCAGGAUACCUCAAAUGCGUUGAUGGAGUUCUGAGGCAGGAAACGUGUCCCGCUGGGUUUUUUUAUAACUACACUUUAAAGAAUUGUUCCGUGGAUAUUAGGGCUGUGUGUGCCACUAACAUAAAAUUUUGUAUCGAAGGAGUUCGCGAAGAAAAUCCACAGGAUUGCGCUGGAUACAGGCAGUGCAUCCGAGGUGUGGUUAAAAACCUACAGUGUCCUCCGGGAAGAUACUACAACGCGGCCGAAAGAGAUUGCCUAGUUGAUGUCCACAGAGUGUGUUUAAAGUCGGAAGACGAAAUACUUAUUCCAUACAAUGAGAGUGUUGUUGGUGAUUUCGUUGAGCAGCAGUGCCCUGAAGGACAACUGAAGAUGGAUCCCAACAACUGUGCAGGAUAUCUGGAGUGCGUAAAUGGAAGACUGUCUGUGGAACAGUGUCCUAGUGGAUCCUACUUCGAUUUCAUAUUGAAGGUCUGCUUGGUGGACAGGAGGGGAAUUUGUGUGACCAAUAUUGAAGUUUGUGAUGAAGGAGCUCGCGAGGAAAAUCCACAGGAUUGCGCAGGAUACAGACUAUGCAUUGGAGGAGAAGUUUCCAACCUCAAAUGUGCUUCUGGAGAAUAUUUCAGUGUUCUUCAAAGAGAGUGCCUUGUUGAUGAGGAUGAAAUGUGUGUGUAAGGUCAGGAUACAUAUAAGUCGAAUAAUUCUUAAACCAAAAAAAAAAGAGUAAUGAUGUCUAGGAACAGUAACAUUAACGCCCUGAAUAUUAUCUAUACUAUACUAAAGAAGGUUGACUUCCCAUGAAUAAUAAAUAAGCUCAAGCGAUAA